AUGCUCCGCCGUGGUCUCGUUCUGGACCUGAGCACCGCUUUCGGCUUCGGUACUACCUUCGGCUACCUCUGGUGGUACGGCUACCACCUCCCCCGCGUGCGUGAGCGCGAUACUUACUACGCCCGCCUCGAGGCUGAGCGUGCUGCCCAGCGGGGUUAA